CACAAGUCGCUUUUCAAAUUCAAUUUCUUUCGAGUCAAAAGUGGAGAAAGGGAGGACAGUGUCAAAUGCCUCCGACUGCUGCCUCGUUCCUUCUGCAAGCGGCUCCAUGGGUCUCGUUGGAUAUUCGACGGGGAAGCGUAGCAGACAUAGCUCUACCCAUUCCUUCUAUUGCAUUGCAGAAGAAUGACGAUCCGCAGGAGUGUUUGUUGUGGCAAUUCCAGCUCCACGAGUACGAUGUUGGUUUUCAAGUGCUGGAAAAUGGGGUAGUUGUGCAGGAUUUAGGGCGGUUUAACGCGGCGAAGCAAGAUGACAGUGACCCAAAUACAAACGCAAUGAUGGUGCCACAUCCGCUGCAAGUUGAGCCUAUGGAGUCGACGAUGGAGGGCAGAUUCGACAAUAUCAAACCAGAAAGCGUGUACACUUUGCGUUGGGACAAUUCCUACUCGUUAGUGCGCCAUAAGCAGGUGCGGUAUCGGUUCCUAAUGACAUCAAACCGUGUCGUUGCAGCUGCGGAGUUGGCAGUGCAAGAGUCGCAGUCGCGUUCGCAGAGAAGAGCGAGAAGAGCGGCAGCUGGAUUGCCACUUCCUCAUUUAGCAAAGACAUUGGAAAAGGAGCGUGCAAUGAGUGACGAAGAAAGAAAAGUGGGAAACGAAAGAAUGACAGCGAAUUUGGAGCAGGCGGUGAUGGACAUUGUGUCGAUUUUCAUUGCGAAACCUGACAGUCCACUGCAUGAAGGAGCCGUUCGGCCAUUCAUAUUGGCGCUCGAAGCUGUUCUGUGCAAUGGAAUCAAGGAAGAAUUUCUGGAUGUGUGGCCAGAGGCACCUUUCUACGAAUUUUUACUGAAGACGCAACACGUGCUGCGCGACGACAUGGGCAUCGUCGCCGAAGUACAAGCAGGAGAACCUCCGUCGAACUUGCAGUAUCUGGGAUGGAACAAUUCUCGCUCCUUUUUACUGCUGACUUUAAACAAGGGAAUUCUACAGCGUGCAUUCGAAAAUUUGAGCAAACGGAGAGUGGUUGUGGAGAAGUUCUAUGAGCCAAAAGCCCUUUUGUACAAGUAUGAGGACGCCCGAAAAAUCGCUUCAUUUCUCAGUGCGUUGAAUGGAGUCACUUUUUUGCUAGCUGCUUAUCCUCCUGACGAGUGUAGCGACGAAGACCAAUCCCAGUUUCCACGCAAUCUCAAGCAAUGCGCCCCAGAAGCCCCACUUCUUGGCAACGAACUAGCUUUUUAUGAUGACGUGCAAAGUGAAAGCAGUGUGAUGAAGUUCAUUGAAGGAGAUCCUGACGAAAUGAAGCAACUUGACAAUUGCACCGUUCCUCGGUACAUUCUUCACGGUGAACCAUUUCAAGAAACUGUGAUUGGACGCUCUACAUUUGAGCUGCUCUCAAUCUCUGAGGUUUCGGGCGCCCCCGUUGUCUUAGCGCAGCUACGCGUCCAAACGCAAGAUAUUUUGCUCUCCGUCGCUACUCAAGAUGGUCAAGAUCUGACUAAACCAAUACGUUUAUCAGCUUUGGACGAGUGGAUUGAACUCAUCGUGCGAUUUAAGUCCAGUCCAAUUGGAGGUCUGACACUGAAACUGGACAACUCGUACUCUAUGGUUCGAUCAAAACAAGUUCAGAUUCGAUACUUGUCCGCUGAUACAGCCGCGUACGUAGCGGCAUGGGAAGGGUGUUUGGAAAUGGCUCAAUCUAUUUCGUGGAAUCACGCUUCGCGGGCCGGAAGUGAACGCUGUGCCGAAUACAUGGCGUCAUUGCAUCAAAAAGAGGAGACGGAAGUGAUACUUCAACGAAAACAAGUGAGAGGAGAAAGCAAUCAAGACAUGGAUGAUGGUAUUAUGGGGUUCCGCUCCUCGCUUCUCUCUAAUCCUGUGUCAUAUAUCGGAGGUUUACUAUCAAGUGAAGGAAAUCCUGAAGCCUGCGACCAGUGUCUGACCCCGUUCUCAUUCUUUAGCCGACAGCACGAAUGCCCUUGUUGCAAGAAAAUCGUGUGUAUCCAGUGCUCUCGUCAUCAUGUUCAAGUCAACGGAAAGGGUCAACAGUUGAAAGUCUGCGAUGGAUGUUUCAUCAAAGAAAAAGAGAAAGAGCGAGCACGUAUUGCUAAUAUGAAGGGCAAAAGUGCUGGUGAAAGUGGUGAACGACCAGAGUACGCUGCGCUUCGCAGAGACCCUGCUAUGGACAAGUAUUUCAAGAUGCUUAGCUUUGGUGUUCCAUCCAGCGGAGUGGCCCAAAAAAUGACUCAAGACGAAAUGACUUCGGAUAAAAUUGCAAUAUUUGUUGCAGGUCCUGAGGGAAGCACUGCUUCCGGUUUUGGUCGUACAACAAGUAAAAGAGAACGAUCGGGUAGUCGUGGUUUAAAUCGACGUGACAGCACCUUUCGUAAGGUUUACUGGACUAAUUUGGACUCGGACAAGGCCAACGAAACUAUCUGGUCUCGUGUGACCUCAAGGCGAAAGACUGCUCCGAUCACACUAUCGCCACAGGAUUUUCAAGAACUGGAAUAUCUAUUCGGAAACCGAACGGCAGCGUCACCUUCCCAGUCCAAGGUAACCAGUGCAAAAAAGACCAGAUUCUCGGCUCUUGAUUCACGAAGAUCCAACAACAUUUCAAUUGGAUUGAGCCAAUUCAAGGCCGUUGGAGGGGCGGCGGCCAUUUUGUCAGCAUUAAAGAACUGUGAUUUUGAAUUCCUCACACUCGACCGCUUGACGAAUCUGCAAGACAUCGCGCCGAACAGUGUUGAAGUGAAGCGUUACACCAACUUCAGAGGAUCUCGUUCACGACUGGAACCUGCAGAAAAGUUCCUGGUGGAAAUGUGUGAGAUUCCUCGAGUGACGGAAAAAAUUAAUGUGAUGUUCUUUGCUUCACAAUUUCAACACCAGCAGCAAGAGUUGCGCAACCGGAUUCGGGUGAUUACCCAGGCCUGUUACGAAAUCCUGCAGAGCGAGCGCCUUGCCCGGUGCUUCGAAUUGGUAUUGGUGAUUGGAAAUCUUCUGAACACCGGCACAGAACUUGAAGGUGCUCACGGUAUUACGCUUGCUUCUCUUUUGAAGCUGUCAGAGACCAAGGCUAUAGACCAAAGUAUGACCCUCCUCCAGUUCAUCAUCAAACUUAUCCACAACCGCGGUGAAGGUGAUGUUUUACUAUUUACUAACGACCUUAGUACAUUGAUCGACGCGAGGAGAUACUCUAACGUGAUCUGCGACUCUCAAGCACGAUCAUUGCAGCAGGAAAUCACCAAGCUCGAGCAAGAGAUUAAGGAAGACAUGGUGGAGGAUUUGAAGCGAUUCAACAAAGCUGAGGCGCUUAGAAAGCACCAAUUUGAAGAGCGAAAGGUUCAGCGGCAUCGCCCAGUGGUAAUUCAGAGUAACAGAGUGCCCAAUAUUCCGCAAGAAGGAAAGUCAGAUCCUCAAAAUGUCAUCCUCGGCGCAAUUCGACAGCGAGGCUCAAACACGGUGGUCGAUUUUGGGGUUCAAACCGUGAAUAAUGGACUCACGUCGAAUAAUCCGCAUGCUGCUAUGCUAUCUGCAAUCCGUAGUCGUGGAGGAGCAAUUGAUACGAAGUCAACUGAGGAAAACUUAUCAGCCAGAAUAAGCGCGGGUGAAAGGGGACAUGCUAGCUUUGAGGUGGAUCGGGAUGCUAUAAUUUCGUCCGCAAGUUCACCUCAUGCAUCACUAUUGAAUGCCAUUCGUAGUCGUCCACAAAACGUACGAGAUGAAACAAACUGGAACGAAGAUAAUUCAGUGCGCUUGAGUGAGGCAGUGCGAGCAUCAAGCGCGAGAUCGUCGCUCCUAGCUUCUAUCAGAAAGUGUGAACAACCAACGUUUAAUCCAGAUAGCAAUCAUCGCUCAUCCAUCAAGCAACGCCGUUCACGUGUGGCAGGUAACAGCGAUGCCGGGGCAGAUCAAAAUGGUAUAUCCACUUUAAGCGGUGACUCACAAGCUGCACUGUUAGCAGCGAUCAGGCAGCAGGCAACGAAACCAAAACAAGAAAUGUCAGACAUUGGUGGGGCUAGCUCCAGCAAAGCGAACGAGAAAUUUGAACCACGUCAGUACAAGAUGAAGAGCAAAUUCAUCUCAGUCAUGAGAGAGCGACUGAUGAACAUCAAAGCCGCAUUUGAAGACAUUGAGAUGGAUCUGGAGACAUUACAUUCCGUGUGGGACGGCACAGCUCGGUAUUUGGCGGAAGACUCAAAUGGAUCGUCGACCGAGUACGUAUUCGGGCUGCUGAACAGGUUCCUUCUUGAUGUCAAAGUCGCCAAGACGCUGCUUUUCCGAAAGGGGCUCAGUUUCGUUGGCGAUGCCAGCUCACUUCUUCCACACGCUUGUAAGUGAGCGUGUUGAGCUUUGUAGGUUUAGUGGCAAUGUCUUUUAACGUGUAAGUGUUGUUGUUACAGACGUGGGGAGCAUCGUUGCGACUAAGUUCGGCUCCGGGGUAAUCACGGCACUCCGAGUUACUGACAAGCGCAUUGAGGUCAAAUUUCCCUGGAGUCGAGAAGCAUAUCUGGAGCCUUCCUCCAUUUUGUCUGUUGGUAGUUUGGUGCGUUGUCGUCGAUGGGGUGUUGGGAUUAUCCGCGAGACUUGCUACGAUGUGGGCUUCUGUGAAGUUCGGUUUUCGUUUGGAUACGGCAAAGUUCGUGUCGAGGAUUUAGUGCUGGAAACUUCAUCUAACAAAGAGGAGCUGCGUCUCAAGUUACUACGUUGUGGUUUCUUCAUCGGCGAUCCUGUCGUCACGCCAUUUGGAUGUGGCCAUGUCCAGUCAAUUCGUGGGAAACCUCAAAGCUCCACUGCUGUGCUUUCAGUCGGUUUGUUAGCAUCGGAGCCUGAUGUGUAUGGUGGUGAACGAGUCUGUUCAGCGGUCGCGUUUGUGCCUGCAAGUCAUGUUAAACGAAACUAUUGAGAUGCAGCAGGCUAUAGACUCUCGUCAUUGGCACAAGAGAAAUAGAGAAGUCGCGGUUACCAUUUCACCGAGGAAAUGACGUCUCGUUCUUUACCGGUGGUGACUCCAAAGUCACGAAAGUGAAAUAGGCGUCCUAGAGAUCCGCGUCUACCGCCGAGGCGCAGGCUUACAUGAUUAUCUUUUGCACCACUACCUAGCGUCCAGCACGUCCCCGUACUCAUAGCGCACGAUCUUGCUGUCGAUGUAGUCGUUAUGUUCCAUGAAGAGACAAAUGAAAGGCAAUUUCACAAAAGUUACAAAUAUUCUUAACCGAA